AUGGCAGGAACCACGACAGACCCCUUCGCGGCCUCGAGUCCGUUGGUCCCGAUGCACCAUCCCACCAUGACGCAGCACGACUAUCGUUUUCCGCGAAGGCCAGACGACGCCGGACCCCGGAAAUCCGACCUGCACGGAGCUUACACGCCCGCACCCGCUCGGUCGACAAUGACCUCCACGCCGAUGGCAGCACCACCCAGGAUAUCGACGACGGCCGCAUCAGCCACGAUGAUGGCAGCAGCGCCCGGUACCUCGCGCUCGGGUGCCUCUGGUGCCUCUCGGUCUGGCGCUGGUUUGCAUGACGCCCGCCUAGACCAGCCCCUGACUCACGGGGGUGUCCACCAAAACUUGUUGCGCACCGCCGCCUUCCCAGCGUUUCAGCAAAGCGCAGCCCGUGAGGCCCAGAACCUCGAUGACAUGCAAAGGCAGGACCCGUUGGCCACCCAGGUGUGGAAGUUCUACGCUCGCACGAAGCAGUUUCUCCCCGCGCAAGAGCGCAUGGAGAACCUGACGUGGCGGAUGAUGCAUGUCAAGUUGCAAAGUGCAAGGGCAGCAGCGAACGCACUCAAAACUACCCGAGCUCUGGGCACGCCUGCGAAUGUUCCCAGCGGGAUUGCGCAAUUGCGCCAGUCGUCAGAUCAUGCCCCGCCAUCGUCGGACCCAAUGAAUCUGGACGACUUCAUCCACAACGACAAUGUCGGCACACCGGCCGGCCUUGCCCUGACCCCGACUCCGGAAACCAUGCGCCAGGCCGAGGAGCGGUCGGUCCACUCCACCGCCGCCGCCAUCCCCAUCAAGACCCGGAAGGACCCGGCGCCGUCGUCUUCCCAGCAGCUGGCGCCUCAGUCCGUACCCGUUGCUGCACACCAGAGGGUCCAGGACGAGUUCGGCUCUCUCCCGCGUCACCCACGCAAGACGAGCAUCGACGAGACCGGCCUGCGGACCCGAAAGCGCCCAGCCAAUUUCUCACCCCACGUCCCUGCUGUGAACAGCGGACUUGCAGCAAAUGGACUUGAUGCCGAUACGGAACUUCAGGAGUACUCGCUUGACCACUUACACCCGCCCAAUGGCCUGCCGCAAGCGCCCAAUCAAAUGGGAGUCCCCUUCCCGCUCGAUACCUUCCGCUUGGGGAACGAUCUGGGUCUCAGUUCUGCCGACACCUUCCAGCAGCAGAACUUCUCCUUCUCCCCGGCCACAUCGCCCAUGGUCCCUAACGAUCCGUUCACCAAUCUCUACAACCGUCCUUCGGCGCCCUCGGGCUCCCUCGGCGGCGCCGACUUCUAUUCGCCCCCGGGAUCUGCUUACCAGUCUGCGGUCUCUACCCCCCAUCCCCUGACGACCGAAGGGGAGGGCGGCUUCUUCUUUGGAUCCAUGGGCCCGGUUGGCCAACAACCGUACCGCCCUGUUCACCCGGCCUUCAGCAAUCAAAUGGCUCAGCAAUAUCCGUUUGCUCCCAAUGGCAACCUAAUGUUUCCCGCCGCCUCUACCGGCCCCGAUGUUUCGGGCUUUACCGCGCCCAUGUCAUUUGGUCACGUUGACCCAGCGCGGGUGUUCCAGCAGCCGGAGAUACCAGCCCGCUCUCCUGCUGUCGGCUUAGCACAGGAAAACCUAUUUUCCUUUGGCGGCGAUUCGGAUGAUGAGGAAGGGGGUGCGUUCGCCGACCGCAACAUCCCGGUCCCCCAGAGCCUCUCUCCGCAAGGCUUGGAGGACAAUGGGUUUGACGGCUCCUCGCUGCAGUGGGACCCAUCUCUUCCCGGCAACUUCAGCAUGCAGGCGGCCAGGUAUCCGGCCGGGCCCACCCGGAAACAAGUGACAAUAGGCGGCACAACGACCGAUUAUGUCGAUCAGAAUGGCGAGUGGGAGGGAUCGGGCCUGAACAGGUCGCAAUCCCAAUCUUUCCGGGGCUCGAACGGGCGCAAUGGUAAACUUCCCCGAACAGCAUCCACGUCCAAGUUGCCCGGCCGGGGCAAUAAUACGUUUGAUCGAUUAGCGGGAUCGACACCAAAUUCACCGCCCGCCGAUGCGUCGAAUCAGCAGCCGGGCUUUUCUUCUGCUACCGCGAGCCGGCCGCCGUCCCCCCACCCGGGAUCAAGGCAUGGUUCGACAACCAACCUUCAGACUGCGGGAGGUGGGCAGCUGGAGGGCAACUCCGAUAAUAACAACAGCAGUACGAGUGCUAGCGCACCCACAACAUGCACCAACUGCUUCACGCAAACGACCCCAUUGUGGCGCCGUAACCCGGAGGGCCAGCCUCUCUGCAACGCCUGUGGCCUGUUCCUCAAGCUUCACGGCGUGGUUCGCCCGUUGAGCUUAAAGACGGACGUAAUCAAGAAGCGGAAUCGCGGCUCGGGCAGCAUGCCCGUCGGGGGCAGCAGCACUCGGUCUCGAAAGAACGGCGGGACCUCGGGCGGCAUCACAAAACGAGGUUCGGCGUUGUCGGUAUCCUCUACCGCCAACCCCCCUCCCGCUCCUCCCGCGCCUGUACAGGCGACAACACCCCCGGCUGCUCAAAACCGCGCUGGUAGCGCCAACGACGGUGAGAGCCCUGCCAGUGGUGCCGCAUCCGCCGGAAACACUGCCGGCAACACGCCCACGAGUUAUGGCGGCUCGUCUACCCUGAUAGCCGGUGGCAAGGGUGUUAUCCCCAUUGCUGCCGCGCCGAUUAAAAACCUGCCCGGGCCUGGGGCAGCCUCUUUACCACGGACAUCCACUACGUCUUCCUCCUCGAAACGUCAGCGCCGACACAGCAAGAGCGUUGCGGUAGAGCAAGCGCUUUCGAGUACGGGCAUGGACAUCGAUAGCCCCGAGAGCACGACAAGCUCAAACGAAGCCGCAAUGUCGAUGGCGCGACCUCUGGGCUCUAGCUCAACGCACGGCUUGGCUUCGAUGCAGCCCAGCUCGAGCAGUCUGAGCCUCGCAGGUGGCUUUGCGGGCAGCAGCAGCUCCACGCAACGACCCUUGGCUGGCCCUGGAAGUCAACGCGCCGCGCCGCAGGAGUGGGAAUGGCUUACUAUGAGCUUGUAG